CGCUCCAUAUCUUUCUAACUUAAAAAUGCAUAUUCUUCAAAUAAAAUUUCACUACCCAUCUGAAAUCUCUAGGGUUCGCCUCUUCGAUUUUCAAUCCACAUUUCUGAUUUCUUCAGCUUAGAGUUUGAGAAUUUUCACCCUUUUCCAAUCCUCAACAGAUUCCCUGAUCCCCUUCUCGUGAUUUUCACUUCUUAUGUGUCAGGUAAUUUUCUCAUUUUAGUGUGCCGAUUUAUUGCUCCUCGUCCUCAACGCAUUCAAUUCCAGCUGCUGCAAUUAGCCAUACAAAAACCUCAAUUUGUGUUUUUCUAAUUACAAUCAAGAUCAAGCAUUAGAGCCGGUCGGUCUUCAUCGCUGCAAAAGCAGCUGCUUCCAAAUCGUAUCGGCGUUGAUUUCGCAGCUGAUUGAUCAGUCAUGGCGGCGCCGCGGAGCGUGGUGGUGGAAGCCGGCUGCUGGGUGCUGGAUAGAGAUGUGGAGAAGAAUGCUGACUCUCCGUCGGAGAAGAAGUUGAAAGCGGAUAGAUUUCCUCUGUCGCGAUGGGAAUUUGCGGCGGCGCUGGGGGUGUUUCUGGUAUUUUCUACUGGAUUGGUGUGCAUUUACCUCACGAUGCCGACUGCGGAGUAUGAAUUACUUAAGCUUCCCCGUACGAUCUCCGAUCUCCGGUCGCUCAAGGAUCAUCUUGCAAUUUAUGCUCAGUUACACCCAGCAAAGUUCAUUCUUGGUUAUUGCUCGACUUACAUAUUCAUGCAGACAUUCAUGAUACCUGGAACGAUUUUCAUGUCGUUACUAGCUGGAGCACUUUUUGGCGUAGUCAGAGGUCUUUUCUUGGUAGUUUUCAACGCCACAGCAGGCGCAUCAUCCUGCUACUUUUUGUCAAAACUUAUUGGCAGGCCUAUUGUCAACUGGCUGUGGCCUGAAAAACUGAGAUAUUUCCAGGCUGAGAUAGCAAAGCGGAGAGAGAAGUUGCUGAAUUACAUGCUCUUUCUGAGAGUUACUCCAACAUUGCCAAACCUGUUUAUCAAUCUGGCAUCACCAAUCGUGGAUAUACCGUUUCAUAUUUUCUUUUUUGCAACUGUUGUUGGUCUCAUCCCAGCUUCCUAUAUUACUGUCAGGGCCGGGAUUGCUCUUGGUGAACUGAAGUCACUGAAAGACCUCUACGAUCUUAAAACGUUGGUCCUGCUUUUCCUCAUUGGGUCAAUUUUAUUACUUCCGACCAUUUUGAAGAGGAAGCGGGUGUACGAGUAGAGCUGUUGUGUACAAUUACUCCGGUCCUCGUGGAGGACUGAAGGAGAGAGUCCUUGUGCUGGUUUUCUACCUUGAUUUAGGUACGAAAUUGGCUAAAAGUCUACCUACACUGGCACUGCUAUCCGCACCCCUGCUUCGGUCUUCUUACAUCUAACAGAUCCUCACCUUGGUUUAUUUGGGUCUUGUAGCAAGAUAUAUCGAAUUUGUAUUCAUAUAUACACACCGGAAACUACAGAUUAUCGUAACACAAAUCUAACUUGAAGAGCAUGUUUGGUAAUGUUUGGUAGGAUAGAUAACUCAUUUAGGGAUGUUAUUUUUGUUAUCCAUCCCUAAUUGAAUUAUCUAUCCUACCAAAUAUAGAGCAAUGGGAACCUCAUAUUAUCGUAUUUGCAGCUUUAAAAAUUU